AUGGAAGAUAGCAUUUAUGAAUCUAUAAGCUUUAGAAAAGAAUAAGAAAAAGUUAAAGAGAGACUAAGCUUUUAAAUGUAAAAUAUGUAAAAGAACUAUAGUGUAGAAGACUCGAUAUUGAUAAAAAAUUUGGAUUAUUCAAUAAUAAGUUAAACAUCUCGUCUAUAAUAAAAUUAAUGCGCAAACCAUUAAUAAAAUCAAUAAUAAACAAGAAUCAAUAGCAUCAAUUUGCUAUAUUAACAUGAUUAAAAUCCUAAAGAUAUUCAAUUUUUAGAUAACAAUGAUAUCCUUCUCAUGAGCCCUUUCUAGUUCUCAUCAGUCAUCAGCAAAGACAUGACUCCAUCUGAUUAAAUAGCUGGAAAAAUUGAUUAAAACUCAUAGUAAUCCAGAUAAAGCUAAUACAGUUUGUAACCAAUACAAUUUGAUGAUUCUACAAAAAAAUAGUUCUUUACUCCAAACAACAAAAAUAACAUGAAACCAGAUUAAAAUAAUAAUUUCUUAUCUGAAAUCUAUCAACCAAACGAUUUUCAAAAUAUUUAAUAAAAUCAAGAAGGUGCUUCAAAAACAUAGGUUGUUUCAUUUAAUUACUCUAAAAAAUAGUAGCUAAAGACAUAAUUUGUUUUAAAUAAAUUUGCUGACGUGAAAAAAUUUGUGAAUAAACUAAAAGAAAAAUCAAGAAGAUUACUAUUUAAAUCAAUUUCUGAUUUUUAAUUUGAUAUUAUAAAUGAUGUUUCCUCUGAUUUAGAUUUUUAUCUAAAAAGAAAGUGCAUAAAUUAAACAAAACGCACUAUAGGGAUCAGCUUUUUGACAUGUUUAAAUAAUUAAAUUUUUGGCAAAUCAUUCUAAGAAUUUUUAGAUGGAAAAUAUCUAUUUUCUCUGGACACUUUGCUAAUGUAAAUGUGGGAUAUAUUUGCAAUGCUAUUUACAAUAGCAUUAAUUAUAAUAAUUCCUAUGAUGCAUUUAUUGGUUUUCUAAGAAAUGAAUUUUUUAAUUAUUUUUCAUGACCAUAUUAUCGCAUGGGUUCUUAUCAUUGAUACCAUGCUUAGCUUAAAUACUGAAAUAUAUGAAAACGGUGUAAACAUUAGAGAUAGAAGAUAGAUCUUUAAAUAGAAUUUCAAUAAUCUUAUGUAAGAUUUUUUAAUCUUGAUAAUAUACAACUUCUCUACAAGUUCAUAUAAAUCAAAAAUGCCAUUUCUUCAAAAUUUGGAUUAUGUUGUGUUUUUAAAGUAUCUAAGUAUUCCUUAAAAGGUCUCAGAGUUUGAAAAUAAAUUAUAAAUCAGUGAUUCAGCUAAAAACUGGAUGAAGUUAAUCAAGUUAGAAAUACUUGUCAUCGCUUUAGCCCAUAUUGCUUGCUGCAUUUUUUUAAAAAUUGGACUUGAAAAUAUUUAAAAAGGAGAAAUGAGUUGGGUUAUAAAAGCAGGAUUCAGUACAGAAUCUUUGUGGGAUCUUUACCUUUAAUCUCUUUAUUAUAUGAUUAUAACUAUUUGCACUAUUGGAUAUGGUGAUAUAUCCCCAUAUUAAUUAAAUGAAAAAUUGUAUAUUGCUUUUCUAUCAAUUUUAGCCACAAAUGUGACUGCUUACGCAUUUUCUUAAAUAAGCGAGAUUGUUAAAUUUGAGUCUUCUAAAAAUUAGAAAUUCAAUGAUUUCAUGACAGACGUAAAUAAUCAAAUGAAAAAAAUAGGAUUAGGAAUGAGUCUAUAAGUGAAAGUGAGGAAGCAUUUUGAGUUUGUAUAUUACCAAGAUGAAUAUAAGCAACAAAUUUCAGAAUCUAUUGUUGAUAAAUUACCAAAUAGCUUAAAGAAUGAAGUCUUAAUUGAUAUUUAUCAAGAAAAAAUAAAUUCCAUAAAAAUGUUUAAAGAAUUUUCAUCUGAUUGCUUGAAAAAUAUUCUUCUUUCCUUUAAACAAAAAUAACUAUUCCCAGAUGAGAUUCUUCUAAAUUAAUAUGAAAAUAGCUAAAGCCUUUAUUUUUUAAUUUCUGGAAAUUUAGAAAUUAACUUCUAAAUUAGAGAAACAAAAUCAGGUAAAACAUAUGAAAAAAGCAAGUAAAAAAUUCAGAAAUCAGAAGCUUUUGGCUAUGAAGGAUUUUUGCUUGGAAAAUGUAGUCAAUAUACACUAAAAUCUAUUGGCCCUUCACUUGUUUCUUAUAUAGACAGAAAUCUUUUUCUAUAAAUUUUAAAAUAAUAUCCUUAAGAUUAUGAAAAGUUCAUAUUCAUGAGGGACUCUGCUAUUUUUGGAUAGAAAAAUGAAUUUUUUAAAUUUUAAAAGUGUACCUCUUGUGGAAAAUUUUCACACCAAAUUUUUGACUGUCCAUAUUUAAGUCUUAACCUAACUUAUAAACCUUCUAAAGAAAAAAAUUCAAGACUUUAAUAAUUCUAAAGAAAAAUGGAGAGAAAAAGAAAUAGUUUAAAUAAUUUAAUAUAUAUUUAAGAAAAAGCUAUGGCAGCUUAAGCUAAUAAUGAUGAGUCCGCGAUUAUAGAUGCUUACAAUAUUUGUUUAAAGCCAAUAUCAGUAAAUGAUGAAAAAGAAAUUUAAUCUGAAUUUUCUUCAUAAUCCCUCAAUAAUUCAAAAAAUAAUGAUAAAGCUUAAAGUUCUCCUUAAAUAGCAGAAAAAUAAACUAUUCCAUUUCAAUCUCUAAGUUAAAAACUACCUUAUUUAACUAACUUAUAAAAUAAAGAAUAAGAAUAACUUGUAAAUGAAGUAUCUAUAAAAAUAGAUGAAAGUGGUUAAUCUGAUUAAACAUAAUUAAAAGCAAACGAAAAUACCUUAGUGAAUGACUAAGAUAAAGAAAAGUUAUCAGAAUUUUAUUAAAAAUCAAAAGAAACAGAUAUUUUCAAUGAAGAAAGCUGUGGUUACAGAAAUUCAAAUAGGAGUAUUUUACUAACAGAAGAAGUUUAUAAAGAUAAACUAAGUAAUUAGGAUAAACUGAAUUAAGAAAAAAGUAAUGGGAUUUUUAAUUUAGGAAGUAGCACUAUUGAUAAGUAGUACUCGUCUCAGCAAUCAGGAGGCUAAUUUAAAAUAUAAAAAAUUAAUACUCUUUUGAUUGAAUCAAGCCAAAAUUAUUUUGAGGAGCCAGAGAUUUAUCUUUUAAAAUAGGCAUUCUAAAAGAGAAAAAUGAGAAGCCUAUAAUAAUUUAAUAACUUUUAAAGAUCCUUAUCAGAUAAAGUUUAUGAUACAAAAAAAAGUUUUAAUUUUAAUUAAAGUAAGUAAAAUAUAUCAUUGUUAGAUAUUUUAAUGAGUUUGAGGGAUAGUAAGUUAAGAUCUUAAUCAACAUAAUUAAAAAAUAUUCAAAAUAAAGAAUACUUAAAUAGCUUAAUUGAAUAACUGGCACUCAUUCAUAAAAAUCGAUCUGAAAAUGAAAUAAUAGAUUCCCACUAGUAUUAAAAUUAAUAAAUAUUUAAAGAGAGUACUAAGUAAGCAGAAGACUUUAAUUAAUAAAUUGAAAAUUUUACAGAAUUUUCAAUAAGGUAAAAAAUAGGAUUGCAAGAUCUUGACAUGCUGGUCGUUAGAAAGUAAUUCAUGCUUUAGUAAUAAUAAAAUAAAAUCCAAAAUUUUAUACAAGUUCCUGAUAAUGAAAUAGAUAUAGAUAGAAUGUAGAACUUUAAAUAUUACUAUGCAAAUUAUAAUCAUAAAUUUGUCUUAAAUAGGUAUAAGAAUUAUUAAGAUAAAAAGUAGGUUCUAUCCCAUAUCAAGCUUAAAAAAUUAAAGAAGUAAAAAAUUAAAUAAUAACAUAAAAAUAGUUCAAAAUCAGAUAUUUGA